AUGCUUGACCAUUUUAGCUUGAUUCAUGUUCCUCCCCUCUUUGUUGCCGCUGCAACCACUUUUGGGGGCUUGAUACCGUUCUUCAACGCCGAAUAUGCCAUCCUUGAGUUCGGCCUCCCCCAACGCAUCGCCAUCUCCAAGUCGGCUCAGUCGGUGAUGAUCCUUAGUUCAGGACGCGUCACUGCCAUUGGCCUAUGUCUUUUCUCUUUUUAUUUCCAAGGAAAAUUGGUCGAAUUUGAUACCGUUCUCCUGAUCUUGGGUGCGUACGUCGGCCUGGUCGAUGGCUAUGUUUGCAUGCUGGAGGGUGUGCCCAACAAAGCUAUUUUUCGCACAGCUUCAGGCCUGGCAAUUGCUGCAUGGGGCUUCUUUGGAGCCAACCCCCGCCAAAGCGGCGAGAAUUGUGACUACGAAGAAGAUCACGCAGGCCCAGAGAAGAGCCUCAAGAAAGAUGACCGCGAAGGGUACGAAACAGCAACCACAUCAAUAACCACACUAUUAACUGUACCAGAGUCAGUUCAUAAAUCAGCUCCAGAACCACCUCCGGAGCCAGUCCCCGAAUCGGCGCCAGAGUCCACUCACGCGCCAACUCGCGAACCAGCACUGGAGCCGGAUACGGUCGUUCCGACAGUUGAGCAACCCAUCGUCCAACGGCGAUUCGUGGAGGACAAUACACGGCUUCAGAAGGUGGCGAUCUUCUCGUAUAGUCAAGCCGCGCUCCGAGCCAUGUUGAAUCCGAAGAUGGGCUCGGAACAAAUUCGGGGUCACGAAGGAAUCCCUGGGAACGAGGCUACAGAUCGAGCAGCGAAGCGCGCAGUCAUGAUGGGUGCACGUCAACAAAUUAUACCUGGCGAUAUCAAGAAUUAG